CUCAGCGCUGGCUUAGUCUGCGAUUGUCCGCCUCUAUGUUAAGUCAUUCGUUCGAACACAAAAUCCCCACGGGCAGAUACAAAAGGGUGUGCGCGCCAAUAACACUGGAAUCUUGAACUUUAACACGUUUUAGAAGUUGAGCUGAUCGUGCUGUGCGAAAUGUAAAAGUGCCACUAAGAGAAGCUUCUUAAUUGGCCGAUGAUGUACUACUAGAGUGUGCGGCACUGCGGUUAUAAAAUUAUUUUGAGUGCUAUUGUGAUACCUGCUGGAGUGUUUACGAUUUUAAAAUGAAAAUGUCUACCGCAAUCGCAAUCUUUACACUUUGUGUUCUGGUAUGUGCCAAUAACAUAAAUGCACAAUCAACAGAAAAAGAGCAAUCAAGUGCUACGGGGUUUGGAAAUCUCAUCAGGCUAGAUCAAAUAUUGGAUAUUUUUGAUCUGCGCAAUGUUGGAUCCAAAUGGAAUGAUAUAUCGAAACGGUUAACAAACAACUGCUCUGCGAAUAUGGAGCAAUAUUUCCGUGGAUUGCAAGGCGGAAAAAAUUGGGCAAUUCAAAUGGACGAUUCUUCAGGAAAAUAUAACCAAGGAUUUUUUUGGGGCAACAACUACUGGACGGGAUCGAGUACGCAAUGUUCUUACAUUCAUCGAAAAAACGAACCGAUACUGAAUCAAACUAAAACUAGCAAAAACAGCGAUCUGUCCUAUAUCAACGGAAACUUUCUCGGUGCUUCAGAGAUCAUGCAUGAGAAUCCACCGUUUAUGCCUGGAUUUUACAUGUUAAAAAUACUGUUGAACGAUACACAAAACUUGGGUGCGCCCAGAACGGUAUUCAUUGGACUUUGCCUGCCUGGCACGUGCCAACUGAAUGAUGUCAUAGAGAUGGCGCGACAUCAGCAGGAACCAUCAAGCAAGUUCGAAAUUUUGGGCGUGAGAUCGCCAACUUUGAACCACUAUUCCCUUUGGAAAGAUUCGACGUUCCAGAUUCUAUUCUCUGUCACUUGUCUGGUUACGUUACUAUUAAUCGGAGGCACAACUUAUGAUGUUAUCCUGCGCAAGCGCUAUGAGGCGAAACAAAAUAUGAAAAAAUACUCCAAGGAAAUCAACUCCGAAUCGUCGUCAGGAUUAGGCUGCACCACUUAUGAUCUUACUCAAGGAAUGCCUAAGAAAACGGGGAAAUCCAACGCAUUCGGACUGCCAACUGGUGUGAACAAUAACAACUCAGAUGAAAACCUGGCUAUUGCACCGUCAGGAGUAGAAGAAGAAAAGCUGAGCAUUUGGGCCGAGCUAUUGCUCUCGUUUUCUAUUGUAACCAAUUUCAGGGCUAUCUGUGACAAAAAAGUCGGCAACGAUACGAUUCCAUCGAUACACGGAUUGCGAUCGUUAUCUAUGCUAUGGGUAAUUCUAGGUCAUACGAUGAUUGUUGUUUUUAAGUAUUCCGACAACAUGGAAUUGCGUAAGAUUGUUGAACAAGAAGUUUUAUUCCAAGCUAUUUUGAAUGGGGCCUAUAGUGUGGAUACGUUUUUCUUCAUCAGUGGGUUCUUAGUAUCUUACAUUUAUUUCCGCACCAACGCCAAAGGUAAGCUAGAGGUUUUAUCGAAGGGGGUCAAUGAAUUCACGGCUGGAACGUACCACUUCAUUGGACUUGUUGGUUAUCGAUUUGUGAGAUUAACCACACCAUACUUUUACGUUUUGGGAGUUGUCGAGGUAACGAUGAGAUACUUGGAACAGAAUUCAGUAUUCGAACCACCAACCAGAGAUCACGUCACGUGCCCGAAAUAUUGGUGGCGCAAUAUUCUUUACAUAAACACACUGUUUCCAGUCGAACAAAUGUGCAUGCUUUGGAGCUGGUAUCUUGCAGACGAUACCCAGUUUUACAUAAUCGGAGCUAUUAUCCUUAUCAUAGCUGUGCGACACUUCAAGUUUGCAGCGGCAGUUAUGACUUGUUUCAUGGUUUCUUCGUGGGCUACGACGGGUUACAUUGCGUUCUCGAACAACCACAUGCCAAAUGCGGAUGAUCCGUUCGCGCUGUUCGACAAAAUUUACGACAAACCAUGGACACGUCUGGGACCAUAUCUGAUUGGCAUGAGCCUCGGCUGGAUUCUAUUCAAAACGAAUUGCAAGAUACAUAUGCCAAAGAUUGUAGUCGCAUCAGGAUGGACAAUAUCGCUCGGCAUGAUACUAUACCUUCUGUUUGGAUUGUUCAAUACAACAUUGACCCGAUUCGCGGCUGCCGCGUACAGUGCAUUAUGUCACACAGCAUGGGCCCUGUCAUGCGCCUGGGUUAUUUUGGCGUGCUCAACGGGUCAUGGUGGAUGGGCCAACAAACUCCUCUCAGCCCCUAUACUGUAUCCAUUCUCUCGAGUGACAUAUUGUGCAUAUCUAAUACAUCCUCUUGUGAAUAGGAUAUAUGCAAUGGAAUCAGAUUCUCCUAUUCACAUGACACCAAAUAACAUGACCACGUUGUAUCUCGGCCAGGUGGUGGCGUCUUAUGUGAUAGCCUUCCUAGUAUCACUUUCAUUCGAGGCACCCGUUGUUACUAUGCUUAGAAUAAUGUCACCUAACAGAAAACGACAAGUAUGACAAAACUGUUGCAGUUAAUUUGAAAGCAAAACAAUUCCACACAAAUAAGUUUUGUAAUUUACUAUUGCUCAUAAAUACAUUCCUCCGUUAGGCAAGCUAGAUUUAGGUUAAUACUCAUGGGACUCUUCACGUUUCACGUCAAUUCACCAUAACAACGAACCAACAUAAAUUUACAUAAAAAACGAAAACGACGUGAAAUGACUUCAUUUAAUUGUAUGGAUCCUCUAGAGAUCAAGUGUACAGUGACGCGAUUCAUUUGACUGAUGCUAUUAAAUUAUAACAAAUUCAUACGGUAUGCAUUAAAAAAACAUAAACUCUAAA